AUGCAGUGCACAGGAAACGAGUCCCACGUGUGGAAGUGCCCGUCCCGGGGCUGGGGGCGCCAUGACUGCAGACGCAAAGAGGACGCCGGGGUCAUCUGCUCAGGCAGCAGAUCAAACCCAGCUGCUGGCCCUGGAGUCUUCUUCCUGCCCGGGGUCCUUGGCAUUAUGUUGGGGGCCCUUCUCUUCCUGGUCCUGGUCAUCCUGGGCAUUCAGCUGCACAGAGGGAGAGCAGAGCACAGAGCUUCACCUGCUUUCAAAGAUGCCACCGAUGAGGCCUUGUACCAGGAGAUUGAUCAUUAUGCUAUACCAGAAAAGGAGGACCCUCUUCACAGCCCAGAGCCUCCGGGACAUCAUGCCAGUGCCACAGGAGACUGUUAUGAUGAUGUUGAAGAGUUUCGUGUUCCUGGAGAAAUUCCUUCUUCCCCUGGAAUGAGUGGGAAUUAUACUUUUCCAGAAGAAGAAGGGGAUUCCCAGCCAGAUUAUGAGAAGUAA